AUGGUCAGGGACUGCCCACAUGUUAAUUAUCCAGCCACGGCAAAUACUGAGCCUCAACUUAAUCCUAUUACUGCAGCCGAGCCUCCCAAGAGGAACAGGUUCUACGCUUUGAAAGCAAAAGAUACAGAGAAAUCAGAGUUGGCUUCCUAUCAACUCAAGGAUGUUGCACAGACUUGGUUCAAGAUGUGGCAAGUAGAGGAUAGCCGGAAGAAGAGGCGCUUUUUUGAUGCUAGGAGGCCUAAGCCUAAAGAUCAGACAACAGAAAACAUAGAGUUUGAUGUUGGUAACCAGGUCUAUUUGAAGAUAUCAUUUAUGAAGUGGGUGAUGAGGUUUGGCAGGAAGGGGAAGUUGAGACCGAGGAAUGUUGGGACAUAUGAGAUCCUACACCGUGUGGGACAGGUGGCCAAUAAGUUAGCAUUUCUUGCGGAUCUAACUUCUAUUCAUCCCGUCUUUCAUGUCUCUAUGUUAAAGAAGUUCCUAGGUGAUCCAACAUCGAUUAUACGUGUUAAAGGUUUGGGGGUUGAUGAAAAUUUUUCCUAUGAGGAGGUACCUGUUUAG